GUGGAACAGUAGAAGCAAUGUCUUUCCUAAUGUGAAGCCAACUCCUUUUGCUCAGACAAAAAUAGCCCCAAAAAAGCCUCCUGACCACACUAUGCUGAGAAAGAGGGCAUGUGCCAGUGUAUACAUGUGUGGCAGAGAGACAGAAUGAGAGAGAGAGAGAGAGAGAAAGCAAAAGAGAGAGAGAGAGAGAGAGAGAGUCACUGUCACUUGUGGAUGAAAGGGCUAUAGAGUAGUUAGACCAGCCUCACUGGUCUUUCUCGUUGGUCUGGGUGCAUGUCUCUGUCUGUAAGGCCUGUGGAAUGCUGAUGACCCUCUUCUCCUCCUAGUGAUGACAUGAUCACUCCCCGAUCGAAAGAAGGAAAACUUCUCCACCACGAAAAUAGGCACGUGUGACUUCUAGAGAUAGAGAGAAACAAACAGGAGAGUGAGAUAAUUUGAUAGAGAGGAAAAGGAAGAGAGAGUGCCAGAGUGAGAGAGAGCGAGAGAGUGUAAGAGAGACAGAAGAGUUUGAGCGGUUUUUAGCGUUGCUGUUUUUUGACACUGCGGAGUCGACAGAGCAAUGUUACAACUUUUCUGACAACCCAUGGAGGACUGGAAUGAGCAUGCAACAGACAGAGGAAAUAAGGGGAAAGAAUAUGUCAACAAUCCAUCGGGAAAAACUGGUGAAGUAUGACAGUGGAGAAUGACUGGAAUGAAAACGAGAACAACCCUAACAUGCUUCCUAACAAGACAAAAGACGCCAGGGCACAUGCCUGAAACUGAACUAAGACUGAGGACAAACACAAGGAAUAUUCCAGAUUGUUCUCUGUAACUCAAUCUCAAUAGCCGCUGGUCUGUCUAAUCCAUAAUCCAUAUACAGCAUAUCAUAUUAUGUACUGUAUGUUUGUUUGUAUAUACCAUCAUUGGUCUAACCUAGGGGGUCUGAUGUAAGAGUGCUCUCUGUCCUGGAUGUCUCAACCAAGCCCCUCCGUGGACACCCAGACUCUGCUUCAGUCCAUGCUCCAGAGACUGAGGCUCCAGCCUGGCUCAGAGACCCAGCACGGCAGGCAGGGACAGGCCCCCCACGGCCCCACCACAGCUGCCCAGGGCCAGGGGGAGGAUGGGGGGAGACCUGGGGCUAACAUCAUUGGCAAUGGAUCUGUGGCGCUGUCUCCGGCUGAUGAUGUCAGAGGGGCUGAGGGCAAAGGGGGAUGUGAGAAGGCCAGGAAGCAUGAGAUGAGGAUGUGGGACUCCAGGGAGGAGUUUGGGAUACCGGCUUGGGACAGUAAUGUUUGGGGAUCCAGACGGAAAGAGAAAGGGGAGGAAGGGAGGAAGCAACCCACUGGCAGUCUCCCCAAGUUGGACAGGGGACAGAUGGUGUCAUCCCCUUCGGCUGCUCAGGGUGCCCCUGUCCUCACCCCCUCCCCCUCACAGGAUGCUGGCAGUGAAAGAGGUGACCCAGGGGGGUCAGCGGGGGCUCUACCAACAAUGAUGACCUUCACAGGAACUCAAACCGGGAAUGAGGGCCACAUUGACCCAUCACCUCUGGGUAACUCAUCUCUAAACUCCAAGACCAAGGGUGCUCAGAACCAUGAUGGGUCGGUUCUAAUGGCGUCAAACUCUGACUUUACCCCCAGAGUCUAUGAUUGGUCCUUGAAGAGCACAGAAUUAUAUCCAGACAUGGGGAGUCAAAUGGAGAGGUGGCGGCCUUUGGAGAAUGGGUCAGAGAUUCCGGGACAUGAUGUCAUGGAGAUUAUGUCACCCAGUCAAGGUGUAGCAGAAAACACCUCGUCAACUAAGAUGAUGAAGAGAUUGUCUGAGAACACAACACAGAGAUGGACACAGAGGAUAAAGGAGAAAUGGAGGGACAGGCAUGGGAGUUUUGGGAAGAAAAGGAAAGCGGAGGAUGGAGUGAGAGAAGAGAGGAAAGAUGCAAAACAAGUUAAAUUUCCACGGCAACAUCAGCUGUCAACCAGAGAAGAUAAAGUCACUAAGAUGUCCAAUAAAGAAGGCGAUACUCAGUCACCAAUCAGAGAGGGCAAGGAGGAAGCCCCUCCCACUCUGUCAGAAGACAGUGGUACAGAGGGUCAGUUCAGAUCCCCAAGUUCCUUUGAGUUCAGUCUUGGAUCCUUUAGCUUGUUGGAGGAGAUCCUCACAGGGCAGGAGUGGGCCAGGUUUCUAAACCCAUCACAAGUAGACGCCUCAGCCAAUCAAACACCAGCUGAAGAGGUCACAAAUCAAUCAGAGACCAGCCAGAACCGCCCACAAGAUCAUGAGAGCGCCCAAUCAACUUUGACCUUGGACAGAGUCAGCCAAUCAGGAAACGUGAACAGUCAGUGGGACUUCAGACCAAGUGAAUUGGACCAAAGUUAUGAUAGAAGCGCUGAUGUUUCUGCACCUGUCAAUAUGAAUAUCACAGAACCAAGCCUUGUCCAAGAACAGAACAGUAAAUGUGAACUCAUCCAAUCAGCACCAAAGGAAUACUGUCAUGUCCAAUCACAAACCAGCUCUGAUGAAGUGAGGCCAAAUCAUAUCCCUGUGUUAGAGUUCUCCUUCAUUAAGCCAGUGGAGGUCUUGGACAGCUCUGCCCUGAAAAGCAGGGUCCACCUGAACAGAAAAAGAGUGCACCAGUCACAGGAGAGGGAAGAAGAGAGGGAAUGUUUAAAAGGAGAGGGGAGAGAGAGAAAAGAAGACAACUCAGUCCCAUCUGAUGAGGACAAGAGGGAAGAGGGGGACAUCUUCAUGAUGCCUCUCUACCCCCUGAAAUCCUCCCUUUCCCCUCUCACUCCAUCCUCCCCCUCUUCCUCCCCCUCCUCACAUCCCCUUGUCACCCGAAGUAUACUGCGACACUCCAUGUCUCAAGAUUUAGAGUCCUCACUAUCAAUGGAAACAGUGACCAAAAAGAGGCGGAUGUCAAAAUCUCGUCACGUGCGGUUCUCUGAGGAGGUAGUUACCAUGCCGCCCAGCCUCCUGAUCCAGCAGGAUUACGAAUCAGAGGAGGAUUGUGGGACAGAGGAGUACUCCACACUAGAGGAGAAUGCAGUGAUGAAGGAGGAAGUUGAAGUUGUGCCGAUGAUGCCACAGCCCACUGCUGCUCUCCCCGCCUGGAUAUUAGCUCUGAGGAAGAAGACAAGGAAGAAACACUGAACAAUAACUGGCUCAUCCUUGUGCUUAUCCUUGUCUACCCUUAUUUAAACAAGAAAUUACCUUGAGAAUCUCCUUUGCAAGAGAGACUUGGCAAUAUAGUGAAAGCACUUUGUAAUUACUUUUGCAUCUUUUUUUUUGCUUCGCUCAAUCUACAAGCAAACACACUCAUGUCAUUACAUGAUCGUUAUGUUUAUGUCUGAAAAUGUUCUAAGUACAUUAGCAUGGAAUGUCAGGAGACAAUAGUUAUAAUGGACUGUUUCUCUCUCUAAAUUCAAUUCAAUUUGCUUUAUUGGCAUGACGUAACAAUGUACAUAUUGCCAAAGCUUAC